CCGCCCUUCUCGCCUGCUCUGCGGGAGGAGGGAGCGCCCGCGGGUCCCUCCAAGAUGGCGGCGCAGAGGAGAAGCCUACUGCAGAGUGAGCAGCAGCCAAGCUGGACAGACGACCUGCCCCUCUGCCACCUCUCUGGGGUGGGCUCAGCCUCCAACCGAAGCUACUCUGCUGAUGGCAAAGGCAUUGAGAGCCACCCACCGGAGGACAACUGGCUCAAGUUCAGGAGUGAGAACAACUGCUUCCUGUAUGGGGUCUUCAACGGCUAUGAUGGCAACCGGGUGACCAACUUUGUGGCCCAGCGCCUGUCGGCAGAGCUCCUGCUGGGCCAGCUCAACACUGAGCACACGGAGGCUGAUGUGCGGCGUGUGCUGCUGCAGGCCUUUGAUGUGGUGGAGAGGAGCUUCCUGGAGUCCAUCGAUGAUGGCUUGGCUGAGAAGGCGAGCCUGCAGUCCCAGCUGCCAGAGGGUGUCCCCCAGCACCAGCUACCUCCUCAGUAUCAGAAGAUCCUUGAAAGACUCAAGGUGUUGGAGAGGGAGAUUUCGGGAGGGGCCAUGGCUGUUGUGGCUGUCCUUCUCAACAACAAGCUCUACGUCGCCAAUGUCGGUACAAACCGCGCACUUCUAUGCAAAUCCACAGUGGACGGGCUACAGGUGACACAGCUGAACGUGGACCACACCACAGAGAAUGAGGAUGAGCUCUUCCGCCUGUCACAGCUGGGUUUGGACGCAGGAAAGAUCAAGCAAGUCGGGAUCAUCUGCGGGCAGGAGAGCACCAGGCGCAUUGGGGACUACAAAGUCAAAUAUGGCUACACUGACAUCGACCUGCUCAGCGCCUCCAAGUCCAAGCCGAUCAUUGCGGAGCCUGAAAUCCACUGCGCACAGCCCCUCGACGGGGUGACUGGCUUCCUGGUGCUGAUGUCCGAGGGGCUGUACAAGGCCCUGGAGGCAGCCCAUGGGCCUGGACAGGCCAACCAGGAGAUCGCUGCCAUGAUCGACACUGAGUUCGCCAAGCAGACUUCCCUGGAUGCAGUGGCCCAGGCCGUGGUGGACCGGGUGAAGCGGAUCCAUGGUGACACCUUUGCCAGUGGCGGGGAGCGUGCCAAGUUCUGCCCAAGGCAUGAGGACAUGACUCUGCUGGUGAGGAACUUUGGCUACCCGCUGGGUGAAAUGAGCCAGCCUACAGCAUCCCCAGCCCCAGCUGCAGGAGGACGUGUGUACCCAGUGUCCGUGCCUUACUCGAGCGCCCAGAGCACCAGCAAGACCAGCGUGACCCUCUCCCUCGUCAUGCCCUCGCAGGGCCAGCUGGUCAACGGGGCCCACAGUGCUUCCACCCUGGACGAAACCACUCCCACUCUCACCAACCAGAGCCCAACCCUGACCCUGCAGUCCACCAACACGCAUACCCAGAGCAGCAGCUCCAGCUCGGACGGGGGACUCUUCCGCUCCCGGCCUGUCCACUCACUCCCACCUGGUGAGGAUGGCCGCGUUGAACCUUACGUGGACUUUGCUGAGUUUUACCGCCUCUGGAGCGUGGACCAUGGCGAGCAGAGUGUGAUGACAGCACCAUAGCCCAGGCUGGGGAGUGCAGCCCGAGCAGGACCUUGCAUGAGGACAAGGAGCCCACCGCUGGAGCAGGAUGGGCUUUUUCUCGCCAAUCGCCUAUGCCGUGGGGGCCAGUGGGAGCCCAGUUCUCAGCCUGCACCUUCUCUCACCCCCAGCUCCCAGUGCUGUAGAGAUAUCCUCUUAGCGCCAGUGUAGAGUGGACCCUUUAGAUAUGCCUUGUCACUCACUGCACAGGGAGCUGGAGGUCACUCCCUCAGGCAGCCUCAGCCAGGACCAUCGCCAUUUCUCAGAACAAAGGGUUCGAGUACAGGAGCCGGGCUGACCUACAAGCCACCAAGUGGGGAAGAACGUGAAGAGGUUCUCCUGUGACCCUUCAUAUCACAGGCUCAGCAGCCACUGCUUUCUCAAGGCUACCCCUUCCCGCCACCAUCUCCCCCUGAAAGGGCUUAUGGCCGGUCCUAGUGCCCCCUCACCACUGGCUGGUGGGUCCCCCCUUUCUUCUCCAACCUGCAGAGUAAAUUCCAGUUGAUAUCUAUGCCUUCAAAGCCAGCACCGGUCCCUGGGCUCCUCCCUGGGCCAGCUUGGGCCGUUGUCAGUGGUAACUGCUCAGGAAGACCAGGGAGAUGUUGGGGUCUGGGAUGGCUGCAGAAGGGGCAGGUGAGGGGGAAAGGAACCGAGGUAGCUGGUCCAAGAGGAGCACUGGCCCUGGAGCCCCCAAAGAGGGUAGGCUGGGCUGGUGGGCUUCCCCAGAGAUGGGGGUGCAGGAGAGCAGAUGUGUCCAGACCGAGCGGGGGCCGUGGCCUCUUUUCAGGUCCCUCCAGUGCGGGGAGGCCCCAAAUCGGUGUCCACAGACUACGCUGUGCUUUUCUGUCCUGAAGCUGGGAAGGCUGCAGGGUGAGGAGCCACAGAGAUCAGCGACCUUUAAUACUGAGGAUGAGCUGCUGGCUCCACGUAGGGAACAGGUCUUGAGUGAGGCCAGGCUCCUGUGAGAGGAAGCCGUGGAAAGUGGUUCUGGAAGGGAAGAGGUUCUUCGAGACCCCGCCACUGUGGGCCAGGGCUGGAGGCAUGCACGGCUCUUACAGCCAUGGGCAGGCCCAGGGCAGCCAGGCUCAGAGGUAGACCACCUCACAAGUGCUCUCUGACCUCUGGGGAAGAGAUUGUCCUGUUUUCACAGGAGAAGCAAGCCCAGGGGACACACUGUGCCCAAGUGACACAGUCUGGUGGAGCAGGUCUUAGACCUGUCAGUCUCCGAGGCCCCUGGAUUCUACCCUGCCCCCCCCCGCCCCCACCCCUGCUCACCAGGGACUGGCCACUGUGUGUGGCCUCUAGUGUGCUUGGACUCUGAAAAGUCAAAAGCUGGAUCCAAACCUGCUCGGCCUGUGGUCCCGGGAUAAGGCUCCCAAGGAAAGCUUGGAGGAGCAAUGGAAGUGCGCUUCUCAGCAGAGAGCCCUCCCUCCCCUCCACUGAAGCCACCUCUGUUCUUCAGGUGAACAGAUUUAAAAUUAGUCACAAGGGCAUGGGAACAAAGGGAAUUCUCUUCCAGGAAUGUCUUGGUGAUGCUGUGUGGUCUCUGGAAAUAGAAUCACCUUUUUACCGCAGUAAAGAGGUAAUAAAUGGUGGUAUUAUACA